AGGUGUGUGGUGAAAACGACUCACAGGGUGACAGACUUGUUUGCACUUGCUGCUUGCCACGCAAAGCGGCUGAUUGACUUUGACUUUGGGAGGCGGAAAGAUUAAUAAGUUUGCCCGUUAUUAAAAGAUUUACAUUUCGAAAACUUUAACGGUUUUCGUAUUUCGAUGGUCACAGGAUGCCGCCAAAAUGUAAAAGUUGUUCGUCAAGAGAUGGAGGGAAAUUAAGGAAAAGAUUUUUUAGCACUUUCCUGAAGUUUGUACUUUGCGUCACUCUUCUUGUCCUGGCUUUUACAUCUCCGUCACAAGGCGGUGGAGAUGACGUUUCGGCAGAGGACGAUGAAGAAUCGGCGGGCGAGCUCAGAAGAACAACAAAUGAAGUCGAGCCAGAAUUUGCAGAACCCAUUCCUAACAUCACAAUUCCUGUGGGGCGAGACAUACAACUGCCGUGUAUAGUCGACAACUUGGGCUCCUACAGAGCCGCCUGGAUUAAAGUGGAGACGAAAGCGAUCCUGACGAUCCAUCACCACAUCAUCACCCGGAAUUACCGGAUUUCUCUGAGCCACAGCGACAAUCGCAACUUUGUCUUACACAUCCGCAAUGUCCAGAAGAGUGAUCGGGGCGGAUACAUGUGCCAAAUCAACACAGCGCCCAUGAAGAGCCAGAUUGGAUACGUUGACGUUUUAGUUCCUCCAGACAUAAUCAUGAAUGAAAGUAGCACGGACAUCACCGCCAGAGAAGGGACCAAUGUUUCACUGGUGUGCAAAGCCAAAGGGUAUCCCAGUCCGAAUAUUUCAUGGAGGCGAGAGGAUAAUCAACCUAUUCCACUGGGAACAUGGCAUGGGAAGAAAGUACUAGCUACUAGCUUUGAUGGCGCUCAGUUAAAUAUCAGUCGUGUCAGCAGACUACACAUGGGUGCUUAUCUCUGCAUUGCUUCCAAUGGAGUUCCGCCAUCGGUUAGCAGAAGAAUAUUACUCCACGUAAACUUUCCGCCGGUGAUGUGGAUUCCUAACCAAUUAGUCGGUGCGCCACUGGAUAAAGACGUGACGCUUGACUGCCACACGGAGGCGUAUCCUGCUUCUAUAAAUUAUUGGGCUAAAGAUGGCGGCGACAUGAUUAUAAACGAUGCGAAAUACGAGACAUCCAUCAAAGAGAAGAAUUACAAAGUACACAUGAGACUCGCCAUCAAGAACCUCGAGCCGCAAGAUUUCGGUACCUACAAGUGUUUCGCAGAAAACUCGUUAGGCUCCACAGAAGGAUCCAUUCGCCUGUAUGUUAUUUAUCUAAUUUCAGAAAUUCCCCCACCUACAAGCGAACCUACAAAGGACACGGCAGCCAUUCGCAGACAAAGUGUUGAAGAAGUUGAAGUCUUUCCGAGACAUCAAAGUUUGGGAUCUGCAAAAAAUUCUGGUAAGGAAACAGAAGAUACAGAAGGUGAUCAAAGCAAAAAUCCAGUAACAGACGGCAAAUACCGCGCAUCUGAAGAGGCGGCCGCCGCUCACGAGGAUCACUCGCAGACCUCCAAUAGGAAAAGGAAUCGAUCUGGCUCCGAAAAAGUAUCUGAAAAGAGUGCCAGUGGCGGCUUCAAGACUAAGGACAUUUUUCAGGUUUUAAUCCUAGUUUUGGCCGUGCUUCUCACAAUAUCAACAUAACGGACAAUAGAAGGAAAAACAUUCGAUCAUCCGUAAAAGGCUUGAUUGCUGAUUGGAAGUUAAAAGCAACCAACCGGCCAAAACGGAUAAUGUUUUUUGACCGCUUGUUGUGUUUGUAUUGAUUUCAAGAGAAAGGUUAAUUCUGUCUUGUAUUUUUAUUCCGUUUUAAAGAACGUUUUAUGUCAUUUUUAUAUCAAAGUAAUAAAUAUUAAACGCCGAGGUAUUCAACGCUUGAGAUUUAUUUUUUGGAUCGUUGAAGAUGAAUGUAAAAAAAUAAAGAAAAGAUUAUGCAUUAUUAAAUUGCCCGAAUUUAUAAAUAAAAUGUAUAUUUUACUACAACAAUAUAAAUUGUAUGAUAAGGUAUUAAAAAUGCUGUUAAGCGUUGAAUUAUAAUAAAAUAUAUUCUGGAUAUUCAUAAUAUUAAAAAAAAACAUUGUUGAGACUCAUCAUUGUGAUAAAUUUGAUUCAUCCUUAAAAACAUUGCUAAUUUUUGCAAAAAAUGUGUUUAUAGAAGGCUUUUAAUAACAACUUAAAUUUUUUAUUUUAGUUCAA